AUGUACAAAGGCGAACUUUCAAUAAAUCUUUUUAUAUUUGCCGGUGUUUGGAGGCCAAUAAAUUUGUCAUUAUUUAUUAUGAAAUUUUUUUAUAAUAUAUUGACAAUUUUUAUUAUUAUUCUUUUUUACUUUUUUGAUAUUUCAUUGUGCAUUUAUCUUAUUUUACAUUCAUUAAAUAAUAUUGACGAAUUCGCAGAAUCAUUAUGUUGGUUUUUGGCAGCAAUAGUAACUUGUGUGAAAAUGACAAAUUUUAUCCUAAGACGAAAUGAUAUUAUAAAAUUGAUAAAUAUUUUAAAUGCACAUUGUCUAAAAACUCGUGACAAUAUUGAGAAAAUUAUGCAGGACAAAUGUGAUUUUACAGCUAGAAGGAACACAAAAUAUUUUUUUAUAAUAACCUCAGCAACAGUUUUAGCAAUGACAUGUGGAGGAUUGGCAAAAGGAAAAGAUAAUAUCAGUUUACCAUUAAAAGCAUCAUUACCAUACGAUUAUAAAAAUCAGAAAUUAGCAUUUUCUUUAACAUAUAUUAGUCAAUCAUUGUGGCUUUAUUUAUCUGGUUUAGUUACAGUUGCAUCUGAAACAUUUGUAAUGACAAUGUUGAUUCAAAUUUGUUCUCAGCUUGAUAUAAUAUGUUAUCGUCUAAAAAAUUUGCCAUAUUUAUAUAAAAAUAAUAAUAAUAAUAAUAAAAGAUCUAUUCUUUUUAAUGAAUUAGAAGAGGCAAAUAUUAUUAAAGACUGUAUUGUUCAUCAUAAUUACAUCUACAUGUAA